AAACAAAAAAAAAAAACAGAUACAGGUGGAAGAAGGAAGAAUCCACCAUGUUUGAUCAUUGACACUAUUGAUUCAAAUCUCAACGAUCCUUGUGUCAACCUUCACUUGAAAAAUCUCCCAAUUCUACCAUUCCAAUUUCUUCAAAGCAGCAGCUUUAGGGUUUUCAAGAAACUCUCGUCCUCCGUCUCUUUUGAGAAAAAAAAGUUACAAUUGGAUCCAAUUUCCGUGACGAUUGGAUUGGUAUUAUCGCCCGCCGUGUUUUGAAAGUGAGGAAGACGAAGAUGAAGGCGAUGGAGACUAUACAGGAUCUGAUCGAAGAAGCUAAAGUACGAACCGUAUGGUGGGGCUUGUGCAUCUUCUCCGUCACCUAUCUCUUAACCCAUACAAGUAAGUCUAUGUGGAUGAAUUUGCCAAUGGCAAUCCUGAUACUUGGUGUUAUGCGAGUUCUUUUGAAUCAGAUUGAGUUCAAAUGGAAAGUUGUGCCAACUCCAAGGCAGAGUCAGUUGUCUUAUCCUGAGAAGAAGCAGUUGUCCGUGAAAGAUGCACGUCUAUCUGGUAUACCACCUCCUCCUAGGUGGAAGAAGAAAAUAGACUCUCCUGUAGUGGAAGCUGCGAUAAAUGAUUUCAUUGACAAGAUCCUUAAUGAUUUCGUGGUGAAUUUGUGGUACUCUUUGAUUACGCCGGAUAAAGAAGCGCCUGAGCUGAUACGUGCAGUAAUCAUGGAUGCUCUUGGUGAAAUUUCAGUAAGGGUUAAAGAGAUCAAUAUUGUUGACUUGUUAACCAGGGAUAUAGUUGAUCUGAUAGGUGAUCAUUUGGAAAUGUUUAGAAGAAACCAAGCUGCUAUAGGUAUUGAUGUUAUGAAGAUAUUAUCAUUAGAGGCGAGAGAUGAAAGAUUGAAAUUCCAUCUUAUGGCUUCUGGGGAACUCUAUCCUGCUCUCGUAUCACCCGAGAGUGAGUACAAGGUUCUUCAGAAAAUAGUUGCUGGCAUAUUAUCUGUUGUUCUCAGACCACGAGAAGCUCAGAGCCCUCUGGUUCGAACAAUAGCUAGAGAGAUUGUUACUUGCUUGGUAAUUCAACCUCUUUUGAAUUUAGCAUGCCCCGAGCGUAUUAAUGAGGUGAUGGAGAUCAUUAUCAAUCUUAUUAAAGAGGGAAACUUUGAGCAGUUUACGGGGGAAGAACAGAAUGUCAACUCUGCCCCAUUGUCAGCCUACGAUAAUCAAGCAAAAAAUAUGAAUUUGACAAAAGCUAAUGAGCAGAAAUCACCAUACGUAGAUGAGAGACACCCAGAGCUACACGUUCAGCAGCACUCUGCUGGUUGGGCUCAGUUGCUAGAGGUUGCAACACAAAGGAGAACAGAGGUUCUUACUCCUGAAAACCUUGAAAACAUGUGGACGAAAGGAAGGAAUUAUCAAAAGAAGGAGUACAAAAAAUCUCUGAAAAAGGGUUCUUCCGUUAGUAAUUCGAUAGAGGCCAAACAGGAUAAUCAGAGCUCCAUAUCGAGAACUUCCGAUGGCGCAAAAGAAAAUGCAGUGGCACAGUUGCCACCUAAAGCAAGUGUUGAUAAGCAGUCACAAGUACAGUCGGCUGAGGAAUUUAGUAAAUCGUCUUCAUUUAAAGGAGGGCACCACAGUUACGAGGCUGAUGUGAGAACCGAAUCUCGUUCAGAUGGAAAUAAAAAUAGGCUUAAGAGAUCCAAUAGCACAUCAGAUCUUAAUCUACGUCCUGAGACGAGUCUGGCACUAUUAGCAGUUAGUGAGGGGCCUAUAAUCACAGAAUUCUACACCACAGAUUUUGUUAAGCACAAUGAUAACUAUAGAAGUGAUAGUAAUUCCCCAAGCAUUGUUCUUCACAAAGAUGGUCAGCAGUGCCUAAAGCUCAAAUGUCGAGUUCUUGGAGCUUAUUUUGAGAAGCUUGGAUCAAAAUCAUUUGCAGUAUAUUCUAUUGCGGUGACAGAUGUGGAAAACAAAACUUGGUGUGUUAAGAGAAGAUACAGUAAUUUUGAGCGAUUACAUCGUCAGCUCAAAGAAAUCCCAAACUACAAUUUACAGUUGCCUCCCAAGCGUAUUUUCUCAUCAAGCACGGAAGAUGCUUUUGUUCAUCGCCGCUGUAUUCAGCUGGACAAAUAUCUACAAGAUCUCUUGUGUAUAGCUAAUGUUGCUGAACAACAUGAAGUUUGGGAUUUUCUAAGCGAAGCCUCUAAGAAUUAUUCUUUUGGAAAGUCUUCAUCAGUGAUGAAAACUCUUGCAGUUAAUGUUGAUGAUGCCAUGGACGAUAUUGUACGUCAGUUCAAAGGUGUCUCAGGUGGCCUUAUGCGUAAGGUUGUAGGAUCUCCACUUGAAGAAAAUGAUCAUGCUCCUGCCCGCCACCUCUCCUGGAGUGUAAAUGAAUUAAAUACUCAGCUCUCUAAGGAAAGUGCAACUGAAUCUAUACACAGCAGCUUUUCUGAUACUGAGGACAUUGACAAACUUGAAGAGAACACCCAAGAGGAAGGUAGAUUUGAUUCAGAAGCUAAUGGGUGGCACUCAGAUAACGAAUUGAACUCUAAGCAUUUUCCACCAAGAGUGGUUAGACGUCUUGGAGAGCCUGAGCCCUCAGAGAAGGAAAUUGAUUUUAGAGCAAAAUCUGAAGUUAGAGGUUCUACCGAUAUGCAGCAUCCUGAUCCAUUGACAACUUUAGUCCCCAAUCCUACUGGCAUGCCACCCGAGUGGAAUCCGCCCAAGGUCAGUGUGCCAAUUUUGAACUUGGUUGAUAAAGUUUUUCAGUUGAACAGAAGAGGUUGGUUAAGGAGGCAAGUUUUCUGGAUAUCAAAGCAAAUAUUACAGUUGGUUAUGGACGAUGCUGUGGAUGACUUGCUUAUGAGGGAGAUAUGUUGGCUGCGGAAUGAAGACACAGUUGCUCAAGGAAUUCGCUGGGCCCAAGAUAUUCUUUGGCCAAAUGGCGUAUUCUUUACAAGAGUUAAUGACAGUCAAGAGGCACUAGAUGAGACCGACCCUAGUGAAAAAACUUUCCAAAUGGCCGGCCAACUUGGUGGCAUGAAGGUAGCUAAACCCAGUUCCUUUGAGCAGCAAUUUGAGGCUUCACGUAGAUCUAACGAAAUUAAGAAAUUUCUUUUCGAUGGUGCACCAACAGCCUUAGUGAGCUUGGUAGGGCACAACCAGUACAGGAGAUGUGCAAGAGACAUCUUCUACUUCACUCAAUCAAACGUAUGCAUUAAGCAACUCACGUUUGCAAUACUAGAGCUGCUACUCCGAUCAGUAUUCCCCGAGCUGCAAGAUCUUCUAAGAGACAUAAGGGAGACUUCGCACGGUCGGUCAGAGUAAUAACUCAUGUUUAUAUGGAGGAGGUAGCCUAUGAUUGACUUGAUCCAGUUUUAUCUUUCUCUAUAUUAAUUUUUGAUUUUUUUGUUUCUAAAUCUUGGGGAUUUUUUGGGGGUUCUUCUUAAUAUUCUUCCAUGUGUAUAAAAAACAAGUGCUAGUAUCAAUCUGUGAGGGUUUUGAAUACAACAGUGACACAAAAGGGUUCUUGUAUAUAAAACCUUGUGUGUGGAAAAUAGUCUCACUGAAAUGUAGUUUUUGUUUGCACUCUUGGAAAAAUUUCUUAUAGAGAGUUCAGUUAUUUUC